CGGGCCCUUGUCGCGCGGCAUUUCGGGAACGCGGGGGAUCCUGGGAGCGCGCGGCCCGCCAUUCGCUCUCCUCGCACGGUCGCCGCCGCUUGUGUCGCAGCCGAACGCAAGAGGAGGAAGCGGAGGCCGGAGCCGCUGAGGAGAGGCCGGGGACGGAACUCUCCUGCCCACCGACAUGUCGAUUGGUGUGCCGAUUAAAGUCCUGCACGAGGCCGAGGGCCACAUCGUGACGUGUGAGACGAACACCGGCGAGGUGUAUCGUGGGAAGCUCAUCGAGGCCGAGGACAACAUGAAUUGCCAGAUGUCCAACAUCACAGUCACCUACAGAGACGGCCGCGUGGCCCAGCUGGAGCAGGUGUACAUCCGCGGCAGCAAGAUCCGCUUCCUGAUUUUGCCGGACAUGCUGAAGAACGCACCCAUGUUAAAGAGCAUGAAAAACAAAAACCAAGGCUCGGGCGCCGGCCGGGGGAAAGCGGCGAUUCUGAAGGCCCAAGUGGCUGCACGAGGACGAGGACGCGGAAUGGGACGUGGAAACAUCUUCCAGAAGCGAAGAUAAAAUUAACUGUUGAACAGAACUUUACCCCCCUUUUUUUUCCCUUUGGCUUGUCUGGGUGGGUUUGUGGAGCGUUUAUUGUAUAUGUCCUCGGUUUCUUUUAACACCUUUCUCUUUACAGUAAGAGCAAUGUUAACCUAAAUAAAUCUGGUUUUGUUUUUGAGAAAA